AUGGCUGAUAAUGAUGAUUAUUAUUACGGUGAAGGGAUUAUGGAUCCAUUAGGAACAGCCCCGGAGGUAACCUAUAAUUGGGUUGACAUAACUAAAGACUUUUUUGAAAAUAUAAAAGAUCUAGAGCUAGGAGAACUCUUGCAUGAUGGACAUCUCUUUGGCUUGUUUGAAGCUAUGUCUGCCAUUGAGAUGAUGGAUCCUAAAAUGGAUGCAGGGAUGGCAUGCAACAGAGGCAAUCCAAAACCACUCAAUUUUCAACAGGCUGUUGAGUGCGGAAAAUUAAAAAUAGACGAUUUAGAACCAAGUGAACUGAUUGGUAUAAUAGAUGCUACAAUGGCAUGUGUGGUAUCUUGGCUUGAAGGACAUUCUUUAGCUCAGACUGUGUUCACAAAUCUCUACUUACACCAGCCUCAUUUAAUAAAAAAUAAACCUUUGAAGGCUUACUGCAUUGCUGUGUAUAAAUUGCUGGAUUGUAUAAGGGAUUGUAUUAAUAAAGCACAAGUUUUUGAAGAAGAAGAUUUUCUGCCAAUGUGCUACGGAUAUAGACUAGGUUCCAGUCCUCAAUAUGGUAAUUAUGACACGAGUCUAGAUCUGAGUGAACAAAAAUUUAUUGCCAUGUUAAGGGAACAAGAGGAGGAGCUGAAUAAAAAGGCUAAGAUUUCAGAUAGUGAGAUGGCGGAAGCCUGGGUGGGUUUAGCAGCCCGAAUAAGGUUUACUCGAAUGUUUUAUCAAGCAUUGCAACUUAUCACUAAGAGAGAUGGAGUAUCUGGAGCUGAUUGCGUGGCACUGCUAAACGGUUGCUCGGAGAUGAUGAAGGUCAUCAUCAGAACUUCUGGGAAGGGGACACAGCCUGUUGAGAAUUCUGAUGCACCAAACCCGAUGGGCUUCGAGCCAAUGAUGAAUCAGCGUCUAUUACCCCCAACAUUUCCACGAUACACACGCAUAAAGGCCAGACCAGAAGCUCUGCAGUACUUCGAUGAGAUGGUCACUCGCUUAAGACAUGCCUGGAAGAUUACGUCAUGCACCAAUUUUCAUACAGCACUGGAUUUCUUUAUGGAGUUCAGCCGACAACGCGCCUGUAUCCUGUCCCGGUCGGCGUUACAGCUUCUGUACCUAAGUCCCUCCCCUGCCGCGAUGACGACUAUGGGCCCCGGUCCCGCUCACCGUAUCUUCAUGGACAUCCUCAGAGAUUCUAUCAAGAGCUUUGUAAAUCCACCGGCGUUGGCCAAACUGCCUCCUGGAACUACUCCACCCGCUCGUGAAUUCAUAGACAAAUUCUUGUCUCGUUGCGUCCGUCCGUUCGCGGCGUUUCUUCAGGUUUGCGGACACAACCGGGCGAGGCAGCGAGAUAAACUAGCGAUGCUGCUUGAUGAAUUCGCUGGCUUGGAAGAAGAGGCGGAAAGCGUGGACGCAGUCAUAAGCGCGACUAUGGGUACGCCAGCGCGAGCGUGUUUUGGUACGUGGGUGCUCUACCACGUACUACGAGUUAUGAUCGCAUAUCUGCUGUCUGGGUUGGAGUUGGAGUUGUAUAGUGUACACGAGUACCAUUAUAUAUUUUGGUAUUUAUAUGAGUUUCUGUACGGUUGGCUUGUGUCUGCUUUGGGGCGGGCGGAAGGCCUAAGUGGGGAAGCAAAGCGUUCGGAGAAAAAAAGUGGUUCACGGAAGCUGAAGAAGAGAGCUCGUCCCUCAGCAAGAGAGGGACUUAUGUGUCAAGUGCUGCAGAGUAUGUGUGGGGGAUAUUAUAAGGCGUUGGUAGCCUUCAAGCUCCAAGGCAAGAUUCGUCAGCCGCAGUGCGAGUUCGACAACGAGGCGGUGCGGUACAAACAUCGCUUCGCGCCUCUUGCGGUACUGACGCCGCCGCAAGUUCAUUAUCAUGAGUUUUGCGAAAUGACACGGCCUUUGCAACACGAAAACCCUAUAAUAUUAUACCUGGGCGGCUGCAAACACUUUCAACAAGCUAGAAAUCUAUUGGAGACCAUCACAACACCAGACCAAGAGGUACUAGAUUUACUGAAGGUGGCGAAAACAAAUUUCAUAGUAUUGAAAUUAUUGGCUGAUGGCCACAAAAGCGAUUCCAGUACGCCACCAGACUUCGAUUUUUCCGUACAUAGACAUUUCCCUAUAAUUAAAUUAGUUUAA